AUGGAAAAUCAAAAGGUGCAGAAAAAACAAUGUGAUAUGAAAACAGAUCUGAACUUACUGCUUGAAUGCCUUAAAUAUCAGAUGGACUGCCCUGUAUCUCAGAAGGAGGCUUUGAUCACUAUUUAUUCAAUUUGUCAACAAAACAGUGAAGCAAGUGAAUAUUUUCGAGAAAUUGGUGGUUUGAUGUUUAUAAAUGAUCUUGCAAAGUCAAGUGUUCAUUGCAUAGUAAAGGAAGCAGCUUUAUUUACAUUAGGAGUUAUAAUAGAGAGUAAUGUUUAUUGUCAACAAACUUUGUGUACUUCUGCAUUGUUUGAAGACCUCAUUUUAUUUUUAAUUAAUAAGGAUUCUGGUGUGAACUUGAAAAGAAUGUCUGUUUAUGUCAUCUUAGUACUGGUGUCAAAUAAUAAAAGUGGGCAAACCUGUGUCAGAGAUACAGGCUGCAUUGGUCUUCUGCUACGGUUAUUCAGAACAAGUCUUUCCACAUCUGAGAUGAAUCUGUCAGAUGAAAAUACUAAUCAGUGCUAUCAGCUGUGGUCUUCAGUAUGCAGUACUCUCUGUGCCUGUGUUAACAAUCCUCAGAAUGAAGAUAAUCAAAACAUCUGCUGUUCAGUUUUUCCGUAUGCCAAAGAGUGGCUCGAAAGUUGCACAGAGCCUGAGAUAGUUCGUCCCAUUUGUUCAUUUGUUGGUCUCACAGUUGCAAAUAACUCAUAUGUGCAGAAAUAUUUUGUGUCUGUUGGAGGAUUGGAUACAUUAGCUAAAGUUCUCAUCAAGCUUAUGCAUGAUUCCUGUGUGAGUCACUCAAGCACAAAACUUGCAGUAGUAGUAACAAGGACUCUGGAUGCCUGUAUUGCUAAUGACUCUGCCAUGGGUGUUGUCUUGACAAAGUACCACACUGUGUCAGAGCUACUGAAGCUGCUGUCCAGUGACACUCUGGAUACUGGAGAAAAAAUUAGUAUUAUUCUAACAAUUGGACACUGCACUGAAGUUUGUGAAGAAAACCAGUGUGAACUGCUCCAGAACAAUGGUCUUCCACUUAUGAUUCAGGUAUUAACAGAGUCUCAGGAUGAGGAACUAAACAAAGCUGCUACUUUUGUGCUGCAAAACUGCAAACAAAUGACUGAACAAUUGUCCCUGAAAAUAAAUGAUAAUUCAUUAAACGUGAACAAUGUAGAAGAGUUGGAUGUGCAAGUCAGAAAAAGAAGUCUACAAGACUACUGGAAGAAAGCAAAAGAAAUUUUACACCGAAUAAACUUGAUUGAAAAAGAACAUGAGGAGGAAAGAGCGCAAGGAAGAGUAUUUGUAGACAGAUCUUCAGAAGCCAAUACUGAAGCAUCAAAAUACUAUGAAGUGAAUCCUGAUGAUCCAAAAACUUACAUAGAAAGAAUACAUAAAGAAGUACGUUGUCCACAGUUGACCUCUAAGUCAGAUGAUCAGGUUCUUGCUCCAUCUGUAAAUUCUUCUCCGCUGAAAAAUGGAAUAGUGAACACUAUGGAUCCAGUAAAUGCUUCUACUAGACAAAGUGAACAGAGUAAUAUUCCAUGUUCAGUUAAUGAACUGCAAACAGACAGUGUACUUCAAAGGCAUAGUAUAAAUGAAAAAACUGCUUGUGUAAAAAAUCAGUCUAUUCUUCAAGUAAGUGGACACUUAUUUAAACAACCAGCAAAGAUUGUUAAAAAUAUGAAACAGACAUGCACAUCAGGUCAACAUUCAUUCUACUCAGAGAUAACCAAGGAAGAAAAAAGUACUUCGGCUACAUCUGCAUCCCAUAAAAUGGCAGAUUUAAGGUGUUUAGGUUGUACAGCAGGAGGACUGUCCUUCAGUAGUAAAACCUUUACCAAGAUGUUGCAAAGUUGUCCGUACCAGUGUGACCGUCACAAAGUCAUUCUGGAAGCCGAAGAAAGAUAUAAAAAGGAACUUCACAAAUUGGCUGUUUGUAACAACAGUAGAUAUGCAACUCAUGAGAAAAUACUGCUGACCCCAGUGAAGAAAAAAAGACUGCACACAGAAAUAUCAACUUUUAGGAGCAAAAAGGAUAGUUUCCAAAGUAUUCUUUUGACUCCAAUUAGAAAAAACAAAUCUAAUACUUCAAAUAGAGAGGAACAUAGUAAAAAUACUAGGUUGACUGAUGACUAUAACUUGAUACCUACGUAUAAGAAGUCUUUCCAAAAAAACCAAGAUGCUGACUUGAAGAGACAAAGAUUGAAAGAAAUGUGCGACCAGGAAUGUCAGCGCUUAAAAGAAAAUUGCAUAUAUUCACUUGACAAAGAUGAGAACAAUGAAAUACGUUCCCUGGACAUGAACACAAGAACUUUAAACAAGAGAAGAAGAACCCGAAAAGAUUUUGUGACUGAAGAAAUUAACUGUCUUUUGAGUGGAGUGAAAAAAAUGGGUAAUCACUGGAAUUUAAUUUUGUGGUCUUACCCAUUUCAGAAAGGACGGACAAGUGUUGAUCUUUCCAAGAAAUACUACAGGUUACAGUUGCAAGUAAUCACAAUUUAA